GGUUUGCUCGUUAUUCCAGAUAAAUAAAGGAUGCUUCUUCCUAAGCUUCCCUAGCAUGAAUCUCAAUAUAAUUGCAAGUUUGACCUUGCAUGAAUAUACCUUCUGAAAUUUUUUUUUUUUAUGAAUAUGCAUUUGGCAAAAGACAGGAGCAGCUCAAAAGAAACUCUUCCAGUUUCGCAGCCUUGCCAGUUCAAGUUACUGCAAGCCCAACAGUCUAUCUGCCCAGAAUUAUGUACAUGACUAAACGGUGCCAUUUCAGGGCUGAUCUUGCUCCCUCACCGGUGUUGUGAGUCACUUCCCCAUGCCAAUGCUGUAAGUGCACUCGCUGCAAGAGACAUGCAGUGGUGCUGCAAGUGCUUAGACCAGGGGUCCCCAAACUAAGGCCUGGGGGCCACAUGCGGCCCAUCGAAGCUAUAUAAGGCCCGGGCUGUGGCGCAGGCUGGAAAAGCAGCCAACUGCAACCAGCUGCAAUGAAUCACUCUGACCAGGAGGUCAUGAGUUCGAGGCCCGCUCGGAGCCUAUGUUUGUCUCGUCUUUGUUCUAUGUUAAAGGCAUUGAAUGUUUGCCUUAUAUGUGUAAUGUGAUCCGCCCUGAGUCCCCUUCGGGGUGAGAAAGAAGGGCGGAAUAUAAAUGCUGCAAAUAAAUAAAUAAAUAAAUAAAUAUUUAUCCUGCCCCCACAGUGGCGGCUCCCUCCUUCUCCACAUGCCUUUCCCACCUCCUCCCUCGCCUGGUGCGCGCCUUCCAAAGCUUUGCUUGUUUAUAAUGGUAGUUUAAUUAUUAUUUAAUUGAUUAUUAAUUAUUAAGGGGUGCUUUGCUAGUGCUUUGGGUGCACAAAGGCAGAAAGGGGUUGGACUAAAUGGCCCAAGGAGUCUCUUCCAACCCUCUUUAUUAUUAUUAUUAUUAUUGACAGAAGGACACAGUAUAACACAGCAAACGAGAUAUAUAUGCUGGAUUUCAUAUUACAAAAUCACAAGUCGAACACUUCCCAAGCAUUUAGGACUUUGUGAUUUAUUAUUAUUAUUAUUAUUAUUAACAACAUUGAGGCUGGGUGGCCAUCUGUCAGGGGUGCUUUGCUUGUUCUUUUGAUGCACAAAGGCAGAAUGGGUUGGACUAAAUGGCUCAAGGGGUCUCUUCCAACCCCCUUUAUUAUUUUUAUUAUGAUUAUUAUUAACAUUGAGGCUGUAUUUGUUCCCAUUUUGUUUUUUUACUUCAAAAUAAGAUAUGUGCAGUGUGCAUGGGAAUUUGUUCAUGGUUUUAAAAAAAAAAAACUAUAAUCCGGCCCUCCAACGGUCUGAGGGAGCAUGAACUUGGCCCCUUGUUUAAAAAGUUUGGGGACCCCUGGCUUAGACACUGGGUGUUAUCCACGGGAAAGUCAACUUCCCAAACCAUAAUAGGGAUUAUUUUAUGACCAUUUCCUUCUAUGAUUAGAGUGGUGAAAGGUGAGAGCUCAGUCUGUCUGGGAGAACUUAAAAGAAGCAAGAAGCCCCUCUUUCCUUUCUGCCGUGAUGCUGAUUCCGGCCUUUUUGAAUGUCUGGAGAGGAAAAUGGCAGUGGCAUCUGCCGGGAGUGGUUGAAGUGUCACUUCCCUCUCUGCAGAAUAACCCUCAAUUUAUCCCGGGAUCAUAUCAAAAUCCAAAAUUUCAACCCUAAAACUAGCCCUCAAUGUGUAUAUGUCAACUUAUACAUAAGUAUAUACUGUACUUUAUUGGACAAGAGAAUUGGGAUGACACUCCCAAGAUCACAAAAAAAUUAGGCCCACUAAGCCUUCAACAACACAUAGGCCCAUUAAGUUUUGCGGAAGGGCUGUUAAUGUGUGCAUCCAUAUUUGUAAAAAUAUCCAAAAUAUGCAAACUAAGGGAGAAGUCCCCAACUGGGUUAAAAAGUGGACACUUCUGAGGGAGGGGAAGGAAAGUGAACUUGGUGAAACAGAGCAAAACUAUUUAAGAAUUUGUUAAGAAUGCUUAUUGCUUCUACCUCUCCCUGCCUUGAGCUCCCUCUAGGAAUGUUUAUAAAUCUAGCACCAAGGCAUUCAUCCCUCCUUUUAAAAAAAUUCUUUCCAUUUUGGAUCUUUCUUUAUCUAAUCUGUGGAUUCCCCAAAGCCCAUAAUCUUGAAAAGGUCUUGCGCCAACAUUGUUCUUAUUGACAUUUAAACUCGGUUUGGAUUUGAUCCUCAGCUCCCAUCCUACCCCCAUUCUUAGCAUUAACCCUGCUGUGAUUGAUUCAUGAAGCCACUGAAGAUUACAUGUGGGAAUAGUGGCGAAAGGAGCCCAUGUGUCAGAGUCUAUAUGAGAGAAAGUAACAGAUACAUCCGUGCCAUUUUCAUGUAGUAUUCAUUCACACGAUAGAAGCUGGAACUGACUGUUGUGCCAGUCAGCACAUGUACAUUGGGGCACACAGCACUGCUCUGUAGCACUGAUCAAUGCAGAAUAAAUCAGUUGAAUUGACACAGGUAUACUGGAGUGUACAUGUGCCAAUUUGGCUGUAUGAGGUCCAGAUUUAGUCUGCGUUUUUGGCCCGCCCUUGGUUUUAUUGUUCUACUGUUCUUUUGAUUUUGUUUAUUGUAGUGUAUAUUUUCUUUUAUUGUAUUGUUUAAUGCGUUAUGAUUUGUUGUUUUAUUGAUAUUUUGUUAUAUUGUAUUGUUCUGGGCAUGGCCCCAUGUAAGCCGCCCCGAGUCCCCGUUGGGGAGAUGGUGGCGGGGUAUAAAUAAAGAUUAUUAUUAUUAUUAUUAUUAUUAUUAUUAUUAUUAUUAUUAUUAUUAUUAGACCAAGUGUAGUGUAGGAUUGGUGUUACAGAACAGCCCUGUGCAGAAUACACCAAAUCUUAUUUUUGGCUCAAAGGAAGUUUCACUUACAAUUGAGUAAUUUUGCUUGGAUGAAUUGAAAGUGCAGCUCAUUCUUUCCCCCAGGCACCGGAUAAAUGCCAUAUUUCCUUGAGUUGAAUGCUCACCUUUUUGGGCUGAAUUACAUCACCAAAAUUGAGGUGCGCAUUAGAUUUGAUGGUCUUAUUCCCAAGGCCUUCAAACCGAGGAGGAGGAUUUGAAGGCGUCGGGAAUGAGACCAGUUGGGUGUCAACUGGGUGAGACUAGUGAAGCGACAUGGCUUCUCCUUCCUGUUGCAUUACAUUCAAUGGCACGUAAUACUUGAGUAAAUACGGUAGCAGCAUCUUUCUUAUCUCAUUGAUUUUUAUAACACCUUUUAAUGAAAAUGGUUAUUGUUUCCACCUUACUAUUGCAGCAUAGCAGGCCACCCUAUAAAUCUUUUGCUCAGGAUUGAAUUUAUAUCUUCUUACUUGGUAAUCUUUAUAAAGUUGCUUAGUCUUAUUCAGGUUUGCCAAGGGCAUUUGAAAACUGACCUUCUUUAUAUAGAAAGUGGUUGAUUUGCUAUUGAUUUUUAUUGACAAUAUUCAACCUUGGUCCUCUUUCUGAAAUAAAUGUGUUUAUUCUGAAUUGGAACUUCAUCACCUUUAAGGAGCAAACCUAUUUUUAGGUGCUGGUGGAAAUUCUGUCCUCUACCUUUGCAGUGUUGGGAGAUGGCUCAAUAUUUCAUUGAUUUCCUCUGUCAUUGCUAGUGCAUCUUGAUCACCUGGCAGGGCAGCUUUCUCCUUGGACCAUUCACAUAUAUAGUAGAAUCUCACUUAUCCAACAUUCACUUAUCCAACAUUCUGGAUUAUCCAAAGCAUUUUUGUAGUCCAUGUUUUCAAUACAUCGUGAUAUUUUGGUGAUAAAUUCAUAAAUACAGUAAUUACUACAUAGCAUUACUGGGUAUCGAACUACUUUUUCUGUCAAAUGUAUUGUGUAACAUGAUGUUUUGGUGCUUAAUUUGUAAAAUCAUAACCUAAUUUGUUGUUUAAUAGGCUUCUCCUUAAUCUCUCAUUAUCCAACAUAUUCGCUUAUCCAACGUUCUGCCGGCCCAUUUAUGUUGGAUAAGUGAGACUCUACUGUACUUUUUAUGUUUGUUUGGGGCUUCUUUUUGUGUGUGGGGUAACCCACUUCUUCAGCUCCUUCUGGUCACUUGAUUAAUUUUUUCUUUGUGGGGAUUAUUGUGCCCUAAAUGGAAGGUUAGAAAACUUUUACUAGACAAAUAUGUGGAAGCGUGUGAUAAAUGUGUCUGUAAAGCAGCAGAUGGCACAUAUUCCUGGGUCAAAGUUUUUUAAUACUCGUAUUUACUUGAGUCUAAUGCACCAUCAAAUCUAAUGCGCACUUCAAUUUUCGAAACUCAAAAAAGUAUUUACUAUAUUAUGCAAAUCUAAUGCACACCCUAAUUUUGGGAAGGUAAUUUAGUCAAAAAAAGGGGAGCAUUAGAAUACAGUAUUUUUCACAUUAUGGGUGAUUGAAGCUGUGGAUACAGAGGACCAAGUCGUAUACCGUCCUGGCUUUUUCCCUACAGGAUAGAGUAGCAUUGAAAAGGGGAAUUACUCCAUUUCGGGGGCUUCAGCCCUUUCCCCAAGGCCUGGUUUCCCCCCCAAAAAGCCAAAGGGAUGGCAGUCAGAAGGAGCUUUUUCAUAAGCUCAUCCUGCGUUGGAAGCUUUCCAGUCUGGGCUGCUCCUGGCUCUCUGUCUCUCCCUCCCUGGUUUCCUACCCUUCCAGCUUUCCUGCUUUUAAGAAGCGAGAGGGUGUUGAUGCGCCUGCUUCUGUGGCUCCGGGACUCCUCCUCCUCCUCCUCCUCCUCCUCCUCGAGGUCCAGCCCUGAACGGAGUCCUCGCUCUGGAAUGACAGGCAUUCCUCCUCGGAGAGAGCGGGCACGGGAGCUUUCUUCUCAGGAUCGCACCAAGCGCCCGGGCCAGGGGUACUGGAAACAGAAGCCGCGUCCGGAGGGGAAGGGGCUUUGACCGGCACCCCUGUCCAGUGUCCAGGCUCGCUCUGUUUUUGUCGGAGAGCAGAGAACCUUUUCCACACCGAGGAAUUCAUUUGCCGCCUCUCAGGCUUAUGUCUGUUUCCGGAAUAGGCGCUCCUUGUUUCUGUUUUCCUUCCCUGAGCCUCCCUUGAGAGUGGCAUAAUGGGGCAGACGCGCUACUCCAGACCGGUAGAUCCGGCUCCCGCAGCCGAGGAGGUGGAUCACCCAUCGCAGGAUACUGGGAUGGUGACUGAGGUUCUGGAAUCUGGCGACGCAACCCCUCCGUCAAAGAGAAGGAGCAAGUUUGCAGGUUUUGGCAAAAUCUUUAAACCUUGGAAAUGGAGGAAGAAGAAAGCCAGUGGCAAGUUCAAGGAGACGUCGGAAGUUUUAGAGCGAAAGAUUUCAAUGCGAAAGCCCAGAGAGGAGCUCAUUCAGAGAGGCGUUCUGUUGGAAGAUCUUGAACAGGAUGGAGAAGACCCAGACAAAUUUAACCACGCCAGCUUGAAAAAUGGACAUACCAUCCCCAUUGAUUCUGGAAUGGUCAACCUUGCCCACCUGGAAGAAGAGACUGGAAAAAGAGCGAGUCUUAAAAAGCCCAUUCCUUCCGAAGAACCGAAGAAAUUGCCAGGAACAUUCAGCAGUGAUGCCAGUUCAGAAGAGAGACAAAACCACGAUCCCCAUCCCGGGAAACAGCCUCUGCUUCCUCCCAAGCGGCCGGUGUCGUCGUCUUCUCAGGAGGCCACGGAUGUGCAGGCCAGAGACCUUGGCCCUCCCAGCAGCACUGCAAGGACUAUGCCUUCCUCGACAGCUCCCACCACGACAACAAAAGCAGCGCAUUUUCCCGUUGCGCCUUCCCCGGCCCCCAGGACUGUGCUCCCUGUUCUGGCAAAUGCGCACUCGACGACGGCUGCCGUGAACUCUGCUGUGCCUGCAAAACAGCCUCCCAUCCCGCCUCCCAAGCCAGUGAAUAGGAAUAGCAACCCCUUGAUAGCUGAAUUAUCUCAAGCUAUUUCGAGCGGCACGGCCCUGUCAAAGCCCUCUCCGCCUUUACCCCCCAAGAGGGGUGUCCCCCUGAACCCAUCGGAAUCAGCAGCCACUCCCAAGUCGCCGAACGAAAGGGUCGUGCCGCCCUACCCUUCCUCGCUGCCGCCGUACAUGUUCCCGCCUCACUCCCCCUCCCCCCUGUCGCCCCCUUUGCCCCCCCACAUCGCCUCCGAGGCCCCGUACGUGCCCCCACCACCGACCUCCCCCCACGAGGCAGAGCCCCCCGUGGCCACAGAACCGUGGGCCUCGGCCCCGCAGGAUGGCCUUCCAGUGGCCGACCUGGCCAGGCGGUUGCCCGAGCAAGGAUCCCGGGAGCCCCACGGGGUCCCCCGUCUGCCCCAGCUCCCGCUGCACAUCCGCAUCCAGCAGGCGCUGACCAGCCCCCUGCCGGCCACCCCGCCGGCCGAGGGCUCCUACCGGGCCCACUCCCUGCUCUUUGAGAACGACGGCUACGGCGAAGACAACGGGAGCCUGGCCAGGACGAGAUCGCUGCCCGUGACCAUUGAAAUGCUGAAAGUUCCAGAUGAUGAGGAAGAGGACCAAGAAGAAGCCGUUCAUCAUUCCAAUUCUUCCAAUUCCGGCGUUUACAUUGGAGACUCCCCGACCGUUACCGUCAUUCCCAGGCUCAUUCUUCAGACGGUUCAGGAUGAAGAGGAGGGUCCGAGCGAUUCGGACUCCGAGGGACCAAUUCUGUAUAAGGAGGAAGAGGAGGACGAGGAGGAGGACGACGAAAGCCAUAACACGGCUCUGGCCAAUAAAGUGAAAAGGAAAGAUACCCUGGCCAUGAAACUGGGCAGCCUGGCCCCGCAGCGGGAAUCCCUGGGAGAGAACACGUUUCCUCGAAAGAGCAAGGAAGAAUGGAACGAAAUCCGGCAGCAAAUUGGAACAACACUCACCAGGCGGCUCAGUCAGAGGCCGACACCAGAAGAACUGGAGCAAAGGAAUAUACUCCAGCAAAAAAAUGAGGCUGACCGCCAGGCUGAAAAGCGGGAGAUCAAGCGGAGGCUUACCAGAAAGCUGAGUCAAAGGCCGACCGUGGCCGAACUCCAAGCCAGGAAGAUUCUGAGGUUUCACGAAUACGUGGAGGUGACCGACGCCCAGGACUACGACAGGCGAGCAGAUAAGCCGUGGACAAAGCUGACCCCUGCGGACAAGGCGGCCAUUCGGAAGGAACUGAACGAGUUCAAAAGCUCCGAAAUGGAAGUCCACGAGGACAGCAAACAGUUCACACGGUAUCACCGGCCGUGAACGUUCCAGAAAACGCCCGAAGAGGAGAAGCCUUGGAACGCCCGCUGUUUGCUUCUCCCAAGUCGCAAAAGGCCUUGAGGCCACGAUUUGCCUUGAUUCCAUAUCCAGGGAACGGAGACAGGCCCAAAAGGAGCCUUGCGUUGGGAGGAGUUUGCCUCAAGUGCCAUCCGAUCGAUCUCACAAGAAAUGCAAACACGAAACGCGGUGCCUUGGACAGCGAUACAGCAAUAUCCCUUUUUUAUUGGUAGCCAGCCAGGCGUCCUGGACAGUUCCAACAUACGUGCGGACGGUGCCCUUUUAAUUCUGUUUUACUGUAAAUAAUGCGGACAGAUUCACGUGAUAUCCCUUUUCACCCACCUCAAGGAAGUGAAAGAACACUGGAGCCGGUGGGAAGGAGGUGUGUCUGCGUAUGUGUGCGUUUGCUCUGUACAAAACUCAACGUAAGUAUGUUACCUUAGCAGGAAAACGGACACUUUAAUAGAGAUCUUUGGGGAAUUUAUGUUUGUCUUUAUAUGUACAUAAUAUACAAAAUCACUACUGACCGGUUUUGUGUCAUCCUGUGGAGGACUUGCAUAUCUAAAUAUUUUUAAUUUUUAUUUUUACCAUGGAUGACAAAAGCCUUUGGCCCAAAUGUUGUUGAGAGAGAGAGUCCUUGUGUUGUCGAAGGCUUUCAUGGCCGGGAUCACAGGGUUGUUGUAUGUCUUUCGGGCUGUGUGGCCAUGUUCCAGAAGCAUUCUCUCCUGAUGUUUCGCCCACAUCUAUGGCAGGCAUCCUCAGAGGUUGAGAUAUGGUAUCCAAACCUCACAACCUCUGAGGAUGCCUGUCAUAGAUGUGGGCGGAACGUCAGGAGAGAAUGCUUCUGGAACAUGGCCACACAGCCCGAAAGACAUACAACAACCCAGAGUCCUUGUUGUUGUUUAUUUUACUUUACAUUCAUGCCUGUGUAACGGGAACUGCAAAUGCGUUGUCGAAGGCUUUGAUGGCCAGAAUCACUGGGUUGCUGUGACUUUUCCGGGCAGUCUGGCCAUGUUCCAGAAGCAGCAUUCUCUCCUGAUGUUCCUCCCGCAUCUACGGCAGGCUUCCUCACAACCUCAGAGGAUGGCUGUCGUAGAUGUGGGCAAAAUGUCAGGAGAGAAUGCUUCUGGAACAUGGUCAGAGGAACAGCAAAGCCUGCAACACAUUCCCUCAGGAAGCAAUGGCAAGGAAUAUACUCUUGCCAUUUCGUUAUUUUUUUUUGUCUUCAUGUGUGUAUAGCUGGCCUGGGCCAACUUGGGCCCUCCAGGUGUUUUGGACUUCAACUCCCACCAUUCCUAACAGCCUCAGGCCCCUUCCUUUUGCCCCUCCGCCGCUUAAGCGGCGGAGGGGCAAAAGGAAAGGGCCUGAGGCUGUUAGGAAUGGUGGGAGUUGAAGUCCAAAACACCUGGAGGGCCCAAGUUGGCCCAGGCCUGGUGCAUAGCCAUAACUUUCCCCUACUUUGGACCAACUGAAUUUAAAUGGAAGUUGGUCCUGACUAGUGCUUUAGUGGAAAUUAAUGGGAAACAAUUCAAGAUGCAAACAAACUUCUACUUGCUGGAGUUCUGCCUUCUACGUAACCGUUGCCUCCGGUCAUCUUCCCCAAACUCAAGGGCUGCCUCCACACCUUUGCACCCUCAUUCCAUCCCACUUCCGACUGACCUCUUCUUCCCUCGCCCCUUUUGUGUACCUGAGCUGUGAUAUGAGUGACAUGGAUCUCUCCCGUCAUGUGGAGGAGUGACAUUUGGCCUUGGUCCCAUCACAGCUGCUGUUGGGAGGCCAAGGGGUGGGCACUGCUGGAUUCUAGAUGGUGUACAAAAUCUCUGUAGAUUAAAUCAUUGCGUUGUAUAUCAGUCUUCCAAUCAAGAUUUUAUGGAAUAAAUAUUUCUAGAAAAAGG